UGUUUUUUUUAAUUAAUUAUUUAAUUAGUCAAACAAACAAACAAAUUAAUAAAAAUGUCCUCAAAUGAGAGCACCGGCGGCGCUGACGACGCGGCCACCGGAGGUCUCGGCGAUUACAUGAAGACUACAACCACGCAAAUCAAAGGCACGGAUCCCGAAAAUGUUAGACAACUGUGUCUACGAAUGUGUCGCCAGUUUGUUGGCGGUAUUUGGUCGACAACUUCGGUCCAAUCGGUCGACAACAAUAUUCUGGUCAAACGAUUGACCGGCGGUCUGACCAACAAAAUCUAUUUGUGCCAAUUGUUGGCCAACAACGAUGACUUAGCCGAUGAUACCGACUGUCCAACUAAACUGGUUAUACGUUUGAAUGCUAAACGAUUUUGUAUAGGCCAUCACCAGGAUGUCCACAAAGACUAUAUUAUGGCCCCAUUGUUAGGCCAGUUAGGUUUGGGACCGAAAAUCUACGGGAUAUGCCCUGAGGGUCAAGUGUUGCAAUACUAUCCGCACCGACAUUUCACUGAAAAUGAUAUGACAGACAAGCAAUUGGUGGGAAAGUUAGCUAAAAUGUUGGCACAGUUUCACCAAUUGGAUGCACCCAUUAGUAAACAUAGCGAUUGGAUACUUGACUUUUGUACGGAUGGUUUGGCUAAACUAGUGGACAGGGAGUCUGAACUGAUAGAAAAGUUCAAUGAAUAUAAUUGUCUAAACUUUCAAUCAAUUGAUUUAAAAUUGGAGAUGAAUUGGCUGAUUGAGUCAUUGGAAACCUAUAUGUCCUCUCAUACUACUGGUGUCGACACCGACACCGACACCGACACCACCACUGCUGACAGGUUUGUCUUAACCCAUGCAGACUUCCGAUGCGGAAACAUAUGGGUAACCAAUGAUAGCACAGGUAGUCUAUUGUUAAGCGAUUUUGAUCACUCAUCCUAUGGCAGUCGUGGUCUGGAUUUAGGUCUACUAUUCAGUGAGUUUGUCCGUAAAUCGCCGAUAGAUUUUCCCGAUGAUCAACUAAUGCGCCGAUUUAUUGCCGACUAUAUCGGCGAAAGUGGUCGACUUUGCGACGGCGACGUCGGCGACGGCAAUGAUGACCAAAAGUGGUCAAAACGAUCGGUCAAUUCAGUGGAUUCGGUGCUAAAUGAAUGCAAAUUUUUCAUAAUAGCCUAUCAUUUGAUUGUUAUGUUUAUCAUUAUUAUGAGCGACAAUGAGGUGCCGUUAGACGAAAAAACUUCAUAUGCAAUUUGUGAUGCAUCUAUUGGUAUCUAUAUUGAACUAAAACGUAAAUUUAUUGCCCAUAAAAAAUAA